AUGUCAGAGAAAGAGGAGGCAGUGUUCCGUUCUGCGGACAUGUCUUUAGUUCAGGUAUAUAUUCCAACUGAAGUAGCAAGAGAAAUUAUAUAUAAGAUUGGUUCAUUAAAUAUUAUACAAUUUAGAGAUUUAAAUUCAAAAGUAAAUGAAUUUCAAAGAGCAUUUGUUAAAGAAUUAAGAAGAUUAGAUGAAGUUGAAAGACAAUAUAAUUUAUUUAAAAAAGAAUUAGAUUUUAGAGAUAUUUCAAUCAAAUUAUUCCCAUAUGAAUUUUCAAUACCACAAGUAUCAGAAAUUGAUGAAUUAAUUGAAAAUUCUAAAUUAUUAGAAGAUAGAGUUGUACAAUUAAGAGAUUCUGUUGAUACUUUAUAUAAUAAUCAAAAUAAUUUAAAACAAUUUAAAUAUACUAUCUUAGCUGUUAAUAAAUUUUUCAAUUUAACUAGUGAUGGAAAUAUUAGAAAUGAAGAAAAUGCAAUUUUAACUCAGUUAGGUCAAUCACAACUGGGAGAAGUUAGAUCUGCUUCACAAUUUAUAUCUGGUGUUAUUAAUCGUGAUAAAGUUGCUUUAUUACAACAAAUAUUAUGGAGAAUCUUAAGAGGUAAUUUAUAUUAUCAUUAUGAAGAAAUUAAUGAAGAGAUUUUUGAUAUAAAACAUAAUGCAUAUGUUGCAAAAAGUUCAUUUAUCAUAUUUUCUCAUGGUUCAAUGAUUCAUGAUAGAAUCGUCAAAAUUUGUGAAUCUUUAGAUGCUGAUAUUUAUGACGUUGAUUCCUCGUCAACUAAAAGAGAAGAACAAUUGUCUACGAUAAACUCAAAAAUAAAUGAUUUAUCAACAGUAUUAAGUGAAUCUGAAAAUGCAUUGUCCUCAGAAUUAAUUGCUAUCAGUCGUGACUUAGGUAAAUGGUGGGAAAUUAUUGCAAGAGAAAAAGCUGUUUAUAAAACAAUGAAUCUUAGUGAUUAUGAUAAUUCAAGAAAAACUUUAAUUUGUGAAGGAUGGACUCCUACAGAUUCAUUAGGUGAUUUAACAAAAACUAUUCAAGAUUAUGAUCAAGCUCAAUCAAUUCCAACUAUAAUUAACGUAUUAAGUACAAAUAGAACUCCACCAACAUAUAAUAAAACUAAUAAAUUUACUUAUGCAUUCCAGGCAAUUUGUGACGCAUAUGGUGUUGCAAGAUAUAAAGAAAUUAACCCAGGUUUACCAACAAUCAUUACUUUCCCUUUCAUGUUUGCUAUUAUGUUUGGUGAUAUGGGUCAUGGAUUUAUUGUAUUUUUGGCUGCAUUAGCAUUAGUUUUGAAUGAAAAAAAAUUAAAUGGAAUGAAAAAAGAUGAAAUUUUCGAUAUGGCUUAUACUGGUCGUUAUAUUUUAUUAUUAAUGGGUAUUUUUUCAAUGUAUACUGGGCUUAUAUAUAAUGAUAUUUUUUCAAGAUCGAUGUCAUUAUUUCCAAGUGGUUGGAAAUGGCCAGAGCAUUUCAAAAUUGGUGAAACUAUUCAUGCAACUUCAAUUGGUACAUAUAUUUUUGGUUUAGAUCCAGCAUGGCAUGGAACUGAAAAUGCAUUAUUAUUUUCAAAUUCUUACAAAAUGAAAUUAUCAAUUUUAAUGGGUUAUAUUCAUAUGACUUAUUCAUUUUUUUUCUCAUUAGGAAAUUUCAUUUAUUUUAAUUCGUUUAUUGAUAUUAUUGGUAAUUUUAUUCCAGGUUUAUUAUUUAUGCAAAGUAUCUUUGGUUAUUUAUCAUUAUGUAUUGUUUAUAAAUGGACUGUUAAUUGGUUCGCAAGCGGUAGACAACCACCAGGAUUAUUGAAUAUGUUAAUUUCAAUGUUUUUAUCACCAGGUACAGUUGCUGAACCACUUUAUUCUGGUCAAUCUACAAUUCAAGUUUAUUUAUUAGUUAUUGCAUUAAUUUGUGUUCCAUGGUUAUUAUUAGUUAAGCCAUUAUAUUUAAAAAGACAAAUAGAUAAAGAAGCUAAAUCACAAAGUUAUCAUUCAUUACCAAAUGAUGAAGAAUCUGGAGAAUCAGGUACAUAUGGAGAUUCAAAUGGUCAAGCUGAAGAUGAUGAUGAAGAACAUGAAGAACAUAAUUUUGGUGAUAUUAUGAUUCAUCAAGUUAUCCAUACUAUUGAAUUUUGUCUUAAUUGUGUAAGUCAUACAGCUUCAUAUUUAAGAUUAUGGGCUUUAUCAUUAGCUCAUGCACAAUUAUCAACAGUUUUAUGGUCAAUGACAAUUGGUAAUGCUUUUGGUCCAACUGGUUUUAUGGGAGUAUUUGCAGUUGUAUUUUUAUUUGCAAUGUGGUUUGUAUUAAGUGUUUGUAUAUUAGUUGUUAUGGAAGGUACUUCAGCUAUGUUACAUUCUUUAAGAUUGCAUUGGGUUGAAAGUAUGAGUAAAUAUUUCGAAGGUGGUGGAUCUUUAUACGAGCCAUUUGGCUUUGUUGGAUUAUUAGAUAACGUUUUCUAA